AUGCCCUCAAGCGUGCCUACAAAACAGGAGAAGUGUUACGACCCUCACGACAAGACACUUACGUUUGUCGAUGGAGAAGAUGAUUUGGACUUUUUGUAUGAAGGCUUCAAAUCUCUCAGAGCUAAGAUGUCCUGUGGUCACGCUGUGACCCCGACCUCUCUCACCAACUGGUGUCGCAGGUUGUUGGACCAGGGUGAAAGCAGGUUUGUGUGUGGUGGGUCUGGUUGUGGUGCUGAGUGGACUUUUGCAGAGGUUUGUAAAAUGGCUCUUCUGGACCCUCAAGAAAAGCAGUACUUCAGAAAAACCAUGGAAUUUAACAUUGCCAGGCAGACACUUACUACUAAGUUGUGUCCUGGCUGCAGAUCCACUGUGACGAGAGCGAAUGAAUCAGAUUUGAAUGUCCUCUGUAAAGUGUGCACAGCAGUAAAAGGACGGCCGUUUGAAUUCUGCUGGCAGUGUUUGAGGGAAUGGAAGGGUGCACGGCCUCGGAAGGACCGCUGUGGAAAUGAUGACUGCUGUAACGAGUCACUAGAAACACUAAAAAAAUGCCCAGAUAUCACAUUACAUGGGUAUUACGAUGAGUAUGGAGUCCGUGUGUGUCCCUCAGUGCGUGCCUGUCCAACCUGUGGUUUGCUGUUGCAGCACAGCAAGAAGGGUUGCCCAUCAAGUUUUUGCCCUCGAUGUAAUGGGACAUUUUGUUUUGUAUGUCUGAAGCAGUCUAGUACAUGUUUGGAGAUCACGUGCACUCCUGCCCCCAGACAGACCUCUAUACCUGUUUGGAAGAAGAAAUAA